GGAGGGACGUCAUUGUUCCCCGACGGGCUGGAACAGGAGGCGGAGCGGGCCGGGCUGAAGCGGGGACUGCGGCGAGGGGAACCCGGCAGCGCCGAGUCGAGCGUGGCCGAGCCAGAAAAAAAGGAGAUGUCACUGGUAUCUGCAGUUUGAAGACUGGAUCUUAUCUGAAAGUCACUGAGCCCAGGAGCUGCCGCCUUAGUCUUCCCAUAGGACAAGGAUGCCUUCGUUUCUCAAUAUGAACAAUGACCAUAGUUAACAAACCAAAAUCUUCAAAGUCUAAAAAGUCCUCAUCGAGGCGAUCUGGUAGAUCCAAGAAGCCCACCACUAAAAUGAAGUCACGCAACUGGGGCCGGAUACCACCUGGAAAAGAUCCGAACCAGGGACGUGGUGGUGCUAUUUAUUGUACAUCAUCUGAAAGAUCUAAACGUUUUACCCUUAAGGAUUUAGUCAUUAACGACGGAAUUGCUCCACCACAAAGGAUUCUUUUUCCACCUGAGAAGAUUUGUAUGGAUUGGCAGCAAACACAAACUGUUGGAGUUGGACUCUUCAAUCUUGGCAAUACGUGUUUUAUUAAUUCUGCUCUACAGUGUUUGACUUACACACCCCCACUUGCCAACUACAUGCUUUCCCUUGAGCACACCCAGUCGUGCAAUUGUCAAGGCUUCUGCAUGAUGUGCACUAUGGAAACUCACAUUAACCGAGUCCUGUGUUGUGCUCAUGUUGCCAUCAAGCCUGCAUUUAUUGUCCAUGAACUUAAACGAAUAGGAAGACAUUUCCGCUUUGGUGCUCAGGAAGAUGCGCACGAGUUCUUGCGCUUCACUGUUGAAGCUAUGCAGCAAGCGUGUUUGCAUGGAUGCGCCAUGUUAGACAGAUCUUCUCAAGCAACCACCAUCAUUCAUCAAAUAUUUGGAGGAUUUCUAAGAUCCAGAGUGAAGUGCUUGAACUGCAAAGCAGUUUCGGAUACAUAUGAGGCAUUCCUUGAUAUACCUCUGGAUAUAAGGGCAGCUUCAUCUGUUACCAAAGCUUUAGAACAAUUUGUGAAACCCGAACAGCUGGAUGGUGAAAAUUGCUAUAAAUGUAGCAAAACACAGAAUUCAAGUCGUUUAAAUGGAAAUGGAUCUUCAAAAGAGGAUGCCAGUACUGUUGGUGUCACCUUAAAAAGGCCAUCUUCAGCUCCACCCACAGCUUGUGUUCAAAACUGGGCAAUUACCAGGCCUUCAAUAACUAACCCAUCAAAAAAACAGAAAAUCACUAUCAGUAUUCAUAACAAAUUGCCUGCGCGUCAGACAGCGUCACAGCCUGACUGCCGUGCUCUGGAGGAGGAGGCGGAGCUAAACAAGUCUGUUCCUUCAUUCACAUUUACAGAUUCUUCUGCAGCAGAGUCUACCUCAAAUGCAUCAAUGUUAUUUGCUAAUAAUGUUUCCAAACAAGACGCUAUGGAUGAAAUCCUUUUUGAGCCAGUGUUGAAUGGAAAUCUUAAACUCAGCUCUGAUAAUCCAGUCUCUUAUGGUACAGAGCCUUCAGGAAAAUCAGAGUCGUCGUCCUUAUUUACAAGGAAUUGCAACAUAAUAUCUUCUAAUGGAAUUUUGAUUGGAAAAGUCUGUACAUUGCAGAAUUCCCAUUCUUCCUAUCAGAAUGCUGAAGAGGAAAGAUCCCAGCAUGAGCUGCCAACAAAUGAUACACUAAAUGGUGCUAAUAGUUUAGAUAAUGAGCCUAAAUUGAAUGGACUGAAACUUGAUGAUUCCAGUUGCCAAUUCCCACCUGCUAAACCUUCCGAAAUGUUAUUUUCUAAAACCAAUGGAGUGCUUGAAACAAUGCCUAUAGCUUUGUCUCCGGACCCUCAAGAAAUGAUCUUAGAUUCCUUUACAUACGGCCAGUUGAACAGCUUGUCAGAGGAAAUAAGUGUCCCUGGACCUCAGGAAUCUUCGGAGAACAAUUCUCUUAUGGAAACAGUAAUGAUGGAAGCUCUGUUGGUCUAUGAAGAAUCCAGGAAACUUCCUUCUGACUUGAGCCUUGAGGCUGGGAAUCUUUUUAUUCAACCAGAUUCUGAAACCAUUUUUACCAAAGAAGAAGUUGCUGAAGGUAUUAUAACAAAAGCUGAUAAUGCACAACCCAAUAUCAAUGGUCAGCACAAGGUUAGGAAAAGAUCCUUGGACAUUGAAGAUGAAUUCCUUGACAAAAAAGAGUCUGAGCACUGUGGUAACAAACUUAGAAGAUUAAAAGAACCCGAUCUCAUUUCAAAAGAAAUUCCUUUGUAUAUCAAAGGGUCUCCUGAGACUGAAAAGGAAUUAGGGCAGGCUUCCUCUAUAAAGUCUGAUGCUGAAUGUAGUUCUAAAAAACCUGCAUGUCUGGAUACUGCAGAUAAAUGCCAAGAUACAAAGGACAUAUCUACUAACUACGUAGAAGUACCACCUGUCAAUGACUCUUCUAUUACAAAGCUGGAUAAAGUUUUGGAAAGUCAAUUUUCUAGAGAAAACGAGGGACCGACUCAUAGGAAUUGUGAAGAAAAUAAGCAUAGAAAAAAAGAUAAAUAUAUAUAUGAUUCUAAAAAAACCGACAAAGAGCAUUACCGAAGAAAAAGAGAACACUCUGAUACCGAAGAGAGGGAGAAGCAAAACAGCAAACCAGAUGUUCAUUCCCUCAAGAGGAUGUGCUAUCACAGUGUGGAAACAAAUAAGCAAAGUCGCUAUAAACAGGAGCACUGCAAUGCAAACAAAUACAGAUCUUCCUAUACUGGAAGAAACAGCCCUGAUGUCAGCAGAAACUCAGGGAAAUAUUACAGAUCUAGAAGCAGAGGACGAGAACAAGACAGGAACAGAUAUUACCAUUCCAAAAGAGAGAGAACUUGGAGCAGAGAAAGAUACUAUCAAGAUGAAUCCUGGAGAUGGCAAAAAUGCAGACACUACAACGAUUACUAUUAUUCUCAUGCAAGAAGAGAUAGUCGAGAAAGAAAAUUCUCCCAUUACAAUAAAGAUUUUGACAGAUCGAGUCAAGCUUACAGCAGGUCACAUAAGGAUUAUCAUUACAAAAGCAGGUGGCCUCACAACUCACUCUCUAGAGAAGAGGACCUACGUCACUUUAGCAGCCACAGAACAGACUCACGGCACUGUUCAGUACCUCAGCAGCAGCAAUCUGGAAAAUACUCUCACAAAGGACGUGUAAUUCCACCUGUGAUAACUCGUUCAAAUUUUGAGUACUCUUCCCCAAAAAAUGGAAAACAAAGCGACAGAAAAAGAAAAUAUGAAGGAAGUAGUGAAAGUGAAACAGAAAGGAAAAGCAGAAAGGUAGAGAAAGAGGUUUUGGAUGAUGAAAAGAUGAAAAAGUACAAGAAAGUCAAGAAGAAAAAGAAGUCCAAAGAUAAACAUCGAGAGAAGGAUUACAAACUUUAUGAUUCAGAUUUCUCUGUGCUCCACUUUGACAAUGACAAUCGCAAACGUAAGAAAAAAAUGAAAAAGAAGAAACACAUCAGGAAAUUGAAAGGCUUCUUGGAAUAUUUAGAUCCUCGUUUCUUGAAGAAAACAUGGGAGAAGGAAGGAUCUUGCUCUUUUGCUGACUGUUUAUGUGAGCAAUACAGAAAUGGACGCAGUAUACAACCCCUUAUACAACCCAGCAAGGAAGGGAAACCUUCCUGCGUGAGUGAAAUCAAGAACUAAAUCUCCAUUACAUCCAUGGAGCGUAUUAAAGCUUACCAAGUGUGUUUGAUAAUCAAGAAAUCAGAUCUUCCUUUCGGUCGUAGUGAGAAGAUGCUGUCGGAGUACCCAGAGAAGAUAAGUAAUGAGGACUUCAGCUGCCUAGACAAGGAUGCAGAAAUAUUUCUUCUUUGA